AUGGACAACGAUACACAACUUGGGCUGAAUGUUCAGUUGGGCACAGGUAGCCGAGUGAUCGCUGCACCACCUACCGAUGGCUAUUCCCCCCAAAGACCCCUCCCCUCUGCUGAAAAGGUGGAGAGUGAGGAGCCAACCAGCCCCAAGAAUUCCAAGACACCAGGAAAGAAGAGUGAGGAGGAACUACAGGAGGAGGAAGAGCUGCAGCUGGCCAUUGCCCUCUCCCGAUCUGAGGCAGAGAACAAAGAGAAGGAAAAACUUCGUGCAACUUCAACUAUCUUGGGAAAUUGGCGGCAGACAUCACCCACUCCGGCCUCUCCUGCCCCACAGUUAAUGCAGGACAAGGAGGACAUGGAUCCUGAACUUGCAAGGUACUUGAACCGCUCAUAUUGGGAGCAGCAGCAACACCAGCAGCCACAGCAGCAGAAGUCGUCCUCCCAGUCAGGUGAUCCAGCCAGCACCCUCUCCCCUACACAGCCCUCGGCUCCAACGUCUGGCAACAGAACACUCAUGUCACCCUCAAAACUAGAGCCAGUAAAGGUGACUGAGAAUUAUCAGAAUGGGGAAACAGAAGAAAUUGACGAGUUUGUGGCAACACUGCGUACUCAACUGGAGAUAUUUGUGAACCGUAUGAAGAGCAACCAGAGCAGAGGUCGGCCCAUCGCUAAUGACACGGCCGUGCAGACACUCUUCAUGAACAUCACAGCAAUGCAUGCUCAGCUGCUCAAAUACAUUCAUGAACAGGAUGACAAACGAGUGAACUUUGAGCGACUACAGGACAAGAUCUCACAAGUUAGGGAUGCUCGGGCAGCCCUGGAGGCACUGAGGGAAGAGCACCGUGACCGUGUCAGGAGGGAAAGAGAGGAGCAGGAGCGAAUCAGGCAAAUGCAAAUGAUGCAAAAGCUGGAAAUCAUGAGGAAGAAGAAGCAGGAAUACCUGGAGUACCAGAGGCAGCUCGCCCUCCACCGCAUGGCUGAGAGUGAACGGGAGAUAUUCAAGGCGUCAGGCAUGGCAGCUCCAGGACCCAUGUACUCCAUGGGCUACCCACCAUACCCUGGUGCCCCAGGACCCAUGCCUGGCCACAUGUAUCCACCACAGACUGAAGGAGGAGCUCCUCAGACAAUUCCUCCACUUCCCCAGGGAGGUUUGCCUCAAGGUGGAGCAGCCCCAGCAUCUAUGCCAUUCCAGCAGCCUGGUCCACCUCCCAAUAUGCCACCAUACCAGCCUCUUCCUCCUGGCCACCCUGGAGGCAUGAUGCCAGUGCCACCACCGGGUGGUGCUCCACCACCUGCAUCUCAGCCAAACUUCCAGCAGCCAGCCCCAAUGCCACCUGAGUUUGCCCCAUAUAAUAUGCAAGGUUUAGCCAACACCUUGCCUAAUGUGCCAGGGUAUCCACCUGCUCAAGGCCAACCUGCCCCCAGUGCAGGGCCUCCACAGAUGCCAAGUCAGCCUGCCAUGACCACUAGUGGUCCUGUUCAUGGAGUGCCGCAGGACAUGAGUGGGGGUGCCAGCCAGGUGCCUCCCGCACAGCCCAACAAUCCCCCAACGCCACAGGAUCAACAGGCUGAGCUGAUUUCCUUUGAUUAAUCUAGGCAGUUAUUUGUCUUGGACUUAAUGCAGUGUGUACUGUUUCAUAAGGUUUGAUUUUGUAUUUGCAAAGUGUAUUCUAUGAUUAUCAAUAUCUAACAUUUGUAGUUUUAAUCUUAUACACAAUCUUUAGCAAAGUAAACAAAGUGUGCUAUGAUAUAGAAUGUAUAUAUAUUAAAUGCAGAUUGACUAGAUCAUUCCCACAAUGAUAUGCUUACAUAUGUAUAUGUGAAAUAUUUUAACAUAUGUAGGAGUUGGAAAAGUUUUCUUUACAGUUGAUACAUUUUGUUUAUAAAUGAGCACGUCACUUAAGGCAAAGCAGGAGCCAAUAGCAGCAAUUAUUGAAGCCUGACAGCCGAGUCAGAGCACUCCUGAAGAAGGAACAGCUAUUGUAGUAGUUAUGACAUGAACCCUCUGUUUGGCUCAGUUAUAGGAAGCUUCUUUAAUUAUUAUAGGUAAAAUGCAUUUGGAGCAAUGGAAUUUCACUUCAUGAUGUCAACUUUCAUGGACAUGUACUUUACUUGUAGUGUACUGAUGAUUUUGUUGAAUAUUGGUCAAAUGUUUGGUGAGAGUCAUAGACAUGCAAGAAUUUCUUUACAGGUCCUAAUUAUGCUAUGGCUUCUUUACCUUUCCUGCAGAUAUAAAAUGACAGGCAAGAGACAACAUGAAUUACACUUUUUUUCCUCCCCGCCCCCAAACAGGAACUUACUCUGUACAGUGUUGGACUUUGUCAGAGAGAGGUUUUUUUUUUUUUUUUUUUUUUUUUUUUUCUUCCAUAAAAUGAUAUAAAUAUAACAUCAUUUGAUAUAAAUGUAUUAUUCCCAUACCAUGAAUGGAAGUGUGGUUGCCAUACAAUUUUGAUUCUUGGAUUUUCCCUUUUCAGAGCUCACAGUAUCAGAAUAGAGAUGUUAAAUUUUUUUUCUUAUAUAUUUUACAGCUUUUAUUCCAACAUUUACACAAACUUUUUUUCAGUCAUUUAGCGUGUGUAAUAAGUAAGCACUUUUUAUUAUCAAUAUCUAUAAAUAAACAAGAAAUGUACAUUCAGUGAGAUGGUUGGAUAUGCAUGUGGCAAUGUCCCCAUGUCUCGUGACCUUGGCUUCUACUUCCACAGUUACCGGAGAAUGGAACACACUAUUGAUUCUACUACUUUUAGUUUGCUUUUUCCAUUGUUCUGAAGUCUCAUUUCCUAUUUAUUAUACUUUACUGAUUAUAGAUUUAAGAAGUAACUUUCUAGAAGGAAGUUAAAUUUUUAUAUGAUGAUUUUUUUGAGGACAGUGCUGUGUAGCUUUAUCUGCAACAAUUUCAGCUCAUCUAAACAUUUAUAAGCAAAAUCAUUAUCCUUCAACAAUACCAAAGCUUUCAGUUUUAUUUUAUUGCUUUGAUAUACUGUGUACGUGUUAGGAAAGUCAUCUAAAAAGAACUGUAUAAUUGCC